AUGGAACCGCUCCAAGAUACCAACGCUGAGUCUGUCAAUUCCGAGGACCGAAGGCACUAUACGCACGCGGAUCCGGACCCAGCAAACGGCUACUCCGACAAAUUUCUACGGACAGUUUCACACCCGCUAAGAGGAAACUCUAACAUGUACCCCGAUACGUCUGUGCAUUCACUGCCAAGUCUGGUUCGCCCUGAUCCAAAUUCCCACCAGCAACUAGUAAAGGACUCAUCUGAUUACCGCGGUAAUACGGGUGCGACCCUGGAUCAGUACAGCAGUGCUAGGCAUACAUUUCCUUCACAUCAGCAUACGCCACGCAGAGCUACAAUUAUCAAUAAGCUGGAUAAGCAUGUUGAGAAAAAAUGCGAAAUUUUGAUGGACCAAAUUAGCAAUCUGGGUAAUGUUGACCCAAACCUAGCUCCGACUGGCUCGGAAUUCAGCCAAAAUAGGGUUGAAGGUCAGGAGGAUGAGGGAGAGCUCUCUAUUCCAUUGAAGCACACUACCGCAGCUCACAAGCUACUGGGGUGGCCGGCAGUCAAUGAGCUGCUACACCCUCUGCUAUAUAGCGAGGAUUAUGUCAUGCAGUUCGAAGAAAGUCGCGGGCUGAUCAGCAUAUUCGGCCAAGGCGAGUUCUCAUACUCUGCUGACGAUCGUCAAGUACCCACGGGAAACAUCUCCAAUGGCCCUAAAACAACCAGUCCACAGGGUGCUGGCGCAGCAUCGAAUGAUGAUGUUGACAUCGACGAAUUUGGCAACUUGAAGCUGGAUGCUACGACCGCUAUGCGCUACUACAAUAGCUACCGCAGGCAUAUGUUUAAGCUUCACCCGUUUCUUAGGGAGGGUGAACUCGACACCAUGGUCCGUAGCUUCAUCCUGUGUUAUGCGAGGUCAGUUUCGAAUGACACGCAACCAUCUUGCGAUGGUCUGCCACCCGUUCAAAGCACGCCGUUAAACAAAAGCCUGCGCAUACAUGGCGAGCUUACGGAGACCAAUGCCAACCCGCCGCGGCCACGAGUCGGUAAAAACAUUGACAACGCCUUGGUCAUGCUUUGCCUCGCCCUUGGGGCUAUUUGCGAAACUCGUGUGCCGCUUUCUGGGCCUAUUUUCCCUGGCCAGACCCUCUAUGGAUACGCAACCAUAAUACUAGGUCAUCUACAGGGUGGAAACGAUCUAGAACAUAUUCAUGCCGCGUUGCUUGCUGGCCUUUAUAUGGGUCAAUUGGCCCAUCCUUUCCAGAGCCACAGUUGGAUUUCUCAGGCCUGCAGAGCCUGCCAGGUGCUUGUGAGAACUAAGCGAUAUGAGCAGCUUGAGGAGGGGCUUACGCGGGACCUGCACAACUUCGCAUACUGGACUUGUUUACAAUUAGAGAGCGAUCUUCUCGCAGAGUUGGACAUUCCACCGAGCGGUAUCUCCCUCCUCGAGGGUCGGAUCUCGAUUCCGAAAGGCAAAUGGUCAAUCAUUCAACCAAACGAUCACAUCAAUACUAUGGUAAUGAUGUAUUAUUCUGCUCAAAUUCACCUACGCAAAUUGCUAAACCGAGUUCAUACAUGUCUAUACAAAUCCAAAACGCAAGGCCAGACAAACUGGUCCUCUACCCUUCAAGAGGCGUUGAGUCUAAAUCUCGACCGCUGGCGCCAAAGCCUACCACAAAGUAUGCAGUGGGACGAUGCCGACCCGCCAGCAAACGAAAUCAACGCUGCUCGUAUGCGUGCCAAGUAUUACGGUGCUCGGUAUAUUAUCCACCGACCUCUUCUCUAUCAUGCACUGCACUACGGCAACACAGGUGUACGCACUGGUCCACUCGGCCAACUUUUAUUUGACUCACCCAGUGACAAUGGCUCUAUACCGGCGGCAGGGUGGCAGCCUCCAAAAGUCAGUUUGAAUAAUAUACCGAGAAAGCUGAGAGCUGCCUGUGAUAUCUGCAUCAAAUCUGCUAUCAAGAGUACGGAGGCCUUUGACGGUUUGGGUGGAGAUCGGUUAGUGGUUACCAACAUCUUCGGCACUGCCCAUGCUCAAUUCGGCAAUAUGCUCGUCCUAGCUGCGACUUAUAAGUCGAGUCUGAACGAGCUCGUCGAGAAAGGAAAACUCGACCGUCUUCUCAAACGCACAAUAGGCUUCCUCGCCCAAAGCAAAGACAUAUCCCCCACCCUCCGCGCCGACGGUCAUAUUCUCACUGAACUCUACCGGAAUAUCUUCGGUCGUCUUCCUGACAUCGGGCAAGCUACUAGCGUGCGCGUCUCUUAA